AUGGGUUCCCGACAGCAUGUUCGGGACAUCAAAAGCGGCUCCCCGCUUCCCUAUACAGAUGAUAUCAGAGCUUACAGAAAGGAGUAUGCCGAGGCUCUUGAUGCUCAAGAUCCGCUUCGGAACUUCCGGGAUGAGUUUAUCAUUCCAUCCAAGAAGGAUCUGAAGCGGAAGACUCUGGCAGUUGACGAGAGCAAUGAAGCAUCUGACGAAAAAUCUAUCUACUUCUGUGGUAACUCAUUGGGAGUCCAGCCUCGUAGCACCCAGAAAUAUAUCGAGCAGUACCUGCGAACUUGGGCAACGAAAGGCGUGACCGGGCACUUUGUACCGCAUGACGAUCAAUUGCUGCCUCCUUUUGUCGAUGUUGACAGCGCAGCCUCCAAGCUUAUGGCUUCAGUUGUCGGUGCUUCCCAAAGUGAAGUGGCAGUUAUGGGCACCUUGACUGGCAAUUUGCACCUGCUAAUGGCAAGCUUCUAUCGCCCGACCAAAGAGAAGUAUAAGAUUAUAUUAGAGGGCAAGGCUUUUCCCAGUGAUCAUUAUGCGGUGGAGUCUCAGCUCCGCCAUCAUAACUUCGACCCGAAGGACGGCAUGGUUUUGAUCGAACCCGAGGAUCUAGAUCAGCCUACCCUGAGCACAGAUCAAAUCAUCAAAGUGAUUGAUGACAACGCUUCCAGUACCGCACUCGUCCUCCUCUCGGCCAUUCAGUUCUACACAGGGCAAUACUUCGAUAUUGAGCGGAUCACGGCUCACGCCCACUCUAAAGGCAUCUUGAUCGGGUGGGACUGCGCUCAUGCCGCCGGCAAUGUGGACUUGCAACUUCACGAUUGGAAUGUAGAUUUUGCAGCCUGGUGCAAUUACAAGUACCUCAAUAGCGGACCGGGUGGAAUAGCAGGACUCUUUGUCCAUGAACGCCACGGCUCUGUGGAUGAGAAACAACCUGAAAGUGACGCCACAUUCCGGCCUCGACUCUCAGGCUGGUGGGGGGGAGAUAUCAAAACGCGCUUCAACAUGGAAAACAAAUUUUUGCCGCAACCCGGUGCUGCUGGAUUCCAACUGUCGAACCCCUCUGUUUUAGACAUCAAUGCGGUCGUCGCAUCUCUCGAAAUCUUCAAACGGGCCACAAUGAAGGAAAUUCGACAGAAAUCCCUCAAUAUUACGGGAUACCUAGAACAUCUUCUGAUGAAGUAUCCUCUAGACGCGGCCCCGGAGGACAAACCAUUCACCCUAAUCACGCCAUCAAACCCAGCCGAGCGAGGUGCUCAGCUCAGUCUACGUCUCCAGCCCGGGCUGUUAGAUCAUGUUCUGCAUUGUCUGGAGGAGAAGGGAGUUGUUAUUGACGAGAGAAAACCAGAUGUGGUUCGCGUCGCCCCUGCACCCCUGUAUAACACUUACACAGAAAUGGCGGAGAAGGAAAUAAAACAACCAUCUGUUUCGCACCCGGAAUCCGGUCAACAUGUGAACGAGGGAACGAGAAGCGGGGAUCUUGCCGAUGUCGACUACUCGGUCUUCACUGUCAGUCAGCGCAGGUAUAUUGUCUUCAUGGCCUCGUGGGCUGGGUUCUUCUCGCCUGUUUCUUCACAAAUCUACUUCCCCGCAUUGAAUACCUUGGCGAAAGAUCUACAUGUAUCAAAUUCGUUGAUCAAUUUGACCCUGACGAGUUAUAUGAUUUUCCAAGGGUUGUCGCCCAUGUUCAUUGGUGACUUUGCGGAUAAAGCUGGCCGACGACCAGCAUAUAUUGUGUGCUUCACCAUCUAUAUUGCAGCCAAUAUCGGACUCGCCCUGCAAAAUAACUAUGCAGCUCUUUUCGUUCUCCGGUGCUUGCAAAGUGCAGGGAGUAGUACCACCAUUGCCCUCUCAUCGGGGGUGGUCGCCGAUGUAGCCACUGCAUCACAACGGGGUUCCUACAUGGGAUUCGUCACGGCAGGGUCUCUCAUGGGCCCUUCUGUCGGACCAGUAAUUGGAGGUCUAUUAUCUCAAUACAUGGGCUGGCGAGCCAUCUUCUGGUUUCUGACCAUCUUUGCAGCGGCCUUCAUGAUUCCGUUUCUGGUUUUCUUCCCGGAAACUGCUCGUGGUGUUGUCGGUAAUGGCUCAUUGCCUCCUCAGAAGUGGAAUAUGUCCCUGAUCAGCUACCUGAAGUCCCGAAAGGCUCGUGAGGAAGGCGUCGUAUCUACGGCAAUUGCACCUAAGCAGAAACUCAAGUUCCCCAAUCCUUUCCAGACGCUUGCCAUCGUAUUCCAGAAGGAUAUCAGUCUCAUUCUCUUGUGCAAUGCUAUCCUUUUUGCUGGAUUCUACGACGUGAGCGCAAGCAUUCCUUCUAUCUUCAAUGAGCUCUACGGGCUAGACGACCUCCAGGUCGGUCUCUGCUAUAUUCCAUUUGGCCUUGGUGCGACCAUUGCUUCCAUUAUCAAUGGCAAACUGUUGGACUUCAAUUACCGCCGACUUGCAAAGCAGUUGAACUUCCCACUAACCAAGAACCGCGAAACUGACCUGCGGAACUUCCCUAUUGAAAAAGCUCGCCUUCAGCUCGCAUUCCCUCUUCUCGCGCUAGGAAGCCUCUCCAUCCUUGUGUUUGGCUGGUUCUUGAACUAUGGAAUUCAUCUUGCUGCGCCGACCUGCAUUCUGUUCCUCAUGGGAUUGACAUUGACUGGGGCAUUUAAUACCAUAGGUACACUCCUGGUAGACCUAUAUCCGACACAAGCAGCCAAAUCCACUGCCGCCAAUAAUUUCGUGCGUUGCUUGCUGGGAGCAGGCGCGACAGCACUCAUCGAUCCUAUGCUUUCUGCCAUGGGUAGGGGCUGGUGCUUCACAUUCAUCACGUUAGUGAUGCUGGCCACGACACCACUGCUUUUGAUCGUCAUUCACAAGGGGCCAGGUUGGCGUGAAGAGCGUCGUCUGAAAGAGGAAGCCAAGAAGGCUGGGAGUGGGAACGCUUCAAGUUAG